CCGCGUCUCCGCCAUUGAAGUUUGACAGCCCGAAAAAAUCGUGUCGUGCUUGCUUCCCGGCAAACAAAAUUAAAUUUUAGUGAAAUUUCGGUACAAAUUCUGCCGCAGAUCGCCUCAAAAUGGACAUCCGCCCGAGCCACACCAUCUACAUCAAUAACCUGAACGAGAAAAUCAAAAAGGAAGAGCUGAAAAAGUCCCUGUACGCGAUCUUCUCCCAGUUCGGCCAAAUUCUGGACAUUGUCGCCUUGAAGACGCUCAAAAUGCGAGGCCAAGCGUUCAUCAUCUUCAAGGAGAUUGCAAGUGCCACUAAUGCGAUGCGGACCAUGCAAGGAUUCCCCUUCUACGACAAACCGAUGCGCAUCAACUACUCGAAGACGGACAGCGACGUGAUUGCCAAAAUGAAGGGCACUUUCAAGGAGCGCCCCAAGAAGGCCAAAGCACCCAAACCGAUUCACCAGGAAGAUAAGAAGUCCAAAAAACAAAAGAAUGCCGAAGCUGGGGCGGCAGCUAACAAUUCCGCCACGGCGGAACAACCACCUAACCAGAUUCUGUUCUUGACCAACCUGCCGGAGGAAACCAACGAGAUGAUGUUGUCCAUGUUGUUCAACCAGUUCCCGGGCUUCAAGGAGGUGCGUCUGGUGCCCAAUCGACAUGAUAUCGCCUUCGUGGAGUUUGCCACGGAACUGCAGAGUGGUGCCGCUCGGGAAGCGCUGCAGGGUUUCAAGAUUACACCGACGCACGCGAUGAAGAUUUCGUUCGCUAAGAAGUAGAGCGGAUGUUAGGAUUAGGAUAAUAAUUUUAAUGGUAAUGGCAUCCAAAAAUGGUAUGUAUGCUACUCUGCAUAUUAUGGAAUCAAUAAACCAUGAAGCAUUGCACUCCGCUUUCAUGGUUUUUGGGUGCGGUUGGGCGAUGACUUCUUUUUGUGAAGCAA